AUGAACCCCCCCAACCAAGCCCCGCAACCACCCCCCUCCUCGCCUCCAGAAGGCACUACUACCCCCAUUCUCCACGACCUCCUCAUCAUCGGCGCCGGCCCGUGCGGCCUCGCCGUCGCCGCCCGUCUCCGCGAAGAGACCCCGUCAGCCAUGUUCACCGACGACGAGCACCAGCGGUACCACUGGAUCAACAAGCACCGGGGGCGGAUGACGGUGGUGCAGGCGCACGGGCGGGCGAGGAGGGGAGUGAGGGCGGAGAAGUAUCAGAGCCCUAGCAUCAGCUACAAUAUGAAAGAUGAUGAGAGUUCCGAACCCGACUUGGUCCAUUCCCGCUCUUCCUCUAUCUCCUCCUCCUCCUCCUCCUCCUCCUCCUCCUCCUUUUCAACGGACUCAACCUCCAGAAAUUCCUCAGUCGAUAACGAAGACACCCCGACGACACUCAUCCUCGACAGCACCGGCGCCCGGUGGAUGGAACGGUGGAACCGCGCCUUCCAGACCCUCGAGAUCCAGCAACUGCGCAGCCCGAUGUUUUUCCACGUCGACCCGCGAGACCGCGACGGGAUGCUGGCGUAUACGCAGGAGACCUCACGCGGGAAGGAUCUGUGGGAGAUUUCCGGAAUCCCCGCCGAACCCGAAAUCGACGAACGAGACCGCAAAGACUACUUCUCCCCCUCGACCGGCCUCUUCGCCGACUACUGCAACAGCAUCGUCGCGCGCUACAAGCUCAACACCCCCGGACAGAUCCGACCGAGCGAAGCAACCGACAUCCAGUUUACUGACCGGCCGGAGCUGUUCGGGGAGGCGCAGGGGAAGAUCUUCACCACGACCGCCGCCGACGGCACACAGCACUACAGCCGCGCCCUCGUGCUGGCCACCGGGGCGGGCGGGCAGCCGAAUCUCCCGUUUCCCCUCACCCCCACCGAACAGCAGGGGGCGUGUCACAGCUCCCAGAUCCGGGGGUUCCCCAGCGCCCACGUGCAGACGAAGAUCCGUCAGGGGCAGCCGACUCAUCUGGUGGUGGUGGGUGGGGGGUUGACGUCGGCGCAGAUUGUGGAUAUGGCGAUCAAGAAGGGGGUGCGUAGGGUUUGGUUGUUGAUGCGAUCGGAUUUCAAGGUGAAACACUUCGACCUCACCCUGAACUGGAUGGGCAAGUUCAAAAACCUCGAAAAGGCGCGAUUUUGGUCGGCGGACACAGACGAGGAGCGGUUGGAGAUGAUCCAGGCUGCGCGCGGCGGGGGCAGCAUCACCCCGCGCUACCAGAAGAUCCUCAAGCAGCAUGUCGCGACCGGACGUGUGGCGAUUCACCCGCAGACCAGCAUUACCGGACGGAGAUACUGUGCGGGUUCGCGCACCUGGCGACUACAAACGGAGCCGCCGAUUCCCGCGCUGCAGGACACCCCGGUGGAUUACAUCUACUUCGCGACGGGGAUGCGGGCCGAUGUCAACGAGAUGCCGCUGUUGCACCGCAUGCUGCGGGACUACCCCGUGGACACGAGUCAGGGCUUGCCGUGCUUGACGGAGGACUUGAUGUGGGAUGAAGGGGUGCCCUUGUUUGUGACCGGCCGCAUGGCGGCGUUGAGGCUGGGGCCCGGGGCGGCGAAUCUCGAGGGGGCGAGGCUCGGGGCGGAGCGGAUUGCGUGGGCGAUGGAGGAUGUCUUGGGGCGGAGGCGGAGGCCGAGGGAGGGGGAGAGGGAGUGUUUUUGUGGGUUAGGGAAUCGGUUUGCUGGUUUGGUGGAUGUUGAUGUUGAGGGUUAG